ACUGUUAUAAAUAUGCUCCAAUAGAGCCCAUGUUCUGGCCGUCCGCCUGCAUGCAAGUAUAAUUUUUGACGUAGUUGUUUAUUACCGAGCGCAGCUAGCAGCGAUUAGCCACUUAGCGGAACAGCCGUGCGGGGACGCAACCAAGUGACCCAUACAAGGGUACCCAUGCAAAGUUGAGCUGUAAAUUUAGAUGGAUGAAAGUCUGCAUUUGGUUCAAAACUUUGAGGAAAGUGGAUUUUCUGACAAGUCAAAAAAGUUUAGUGCCGUAAUUUCCGGAUACGCUGUUUUUUUUUUAAUGCAAACCCAAAAUCUCGAGCCAGAUUCCAGAACAUAGCUGAAGCUCGCAGUUAGCCUUUAAGCUAAAUUAAAGGAGCCACAACGUGAAGCCGGGGAACAUCUUUCUGGACUGUUUGGGGACUUUGUUCUUAGCUUUAUUAAGUCCUCGAUAGUUUAUGACGACUCGUUAUAAAGCACCAGUCGCUAGUUAGUUUGGUAGCCACGGCAUUACCCAUCUGGCUCAACAGCUAACAGCCUGCCAUCCGACGAGUUGCACUUCCCCCACUCUCAGAGCAGCAGCCGGCUAGCUGCAGCGCUAGUCCGGUACAUAAAAUGAAGCGACCAUCAGCAUUUCUGGACGCUGUGUGGCUCAUUGGAUUCUGCUGAUGCAUGAGGAGACGAAUUUAUUUUUGUGAGAUCUCUGUAAAAGAGGUCAAAAUCAGAACGGGGAAUGGACGAGCAGAAAUCAAACUGCGACGAAAAUGACUCUGAAACAACAGCUGAUGACAGUGCCUCUGAAAAACAGCCUGUCUCUGCCAAUGAGUCAUCCAAGACUUCACCUGCUGCAGAGGAUGAGUCUGGUGUUAAUGCAACCUCUUCCAGCGCCCCUGUAGAGAGUGCCCGUGCCUGUGCGCUUUGCAAUUGUGUGGAACGGAGCUUGCAUGGGCAGCGGGAGCUGCGACACUUUCAGCCGUCUUCUGAGCGGCCAACUCUCAAGCCAUCAGCUUUCCCACUGCCACAGCCUGGAAAUGAUGACCUGUCUUCCAUUGGUUUUUCGGACUCCUCUUGUCUGACGGCACUCCUUGAUGACCCAGGGGGGUGUUGGGUUCACCACUGGUGUGCAGUGUGGUCAGAGGGAGUAAAGCAGACAGAGGAUGAGGAGCUGGAGAACGUGGAUAAGGCCGUUAUCUCAGGGACACAGCGUCUUUGCGAGUAUUGCAAAAGGCUGGGUGCAACCAUACGAUGCCACAUAGAGGACUGUUCACGAUUCUACCACUUCCCAUGCUCGGCAGCCAGUGGAUCUUUCCAGUCCAUGAAACAGCUGGUUCUUCUCUGUCCUGAGCACAUAGACAAAGCAGAGGUGUUGGCUGGAGAGGAGGCUUGGUGUGCAGUGUGCGAUUCAGUUGGAGAACUCACAGAUUUGCUUUUCUGCACGGGCUGUGGCCUACACUAUCAUGCGACAUGUUUGGAAAUUGGUGCUACACCCAUCCAGAGAGCAGGGUGGCAGUGCCCAGAGUGUAAAGUGUGCCAGACCUGCAGACAACCAGGGGAAGACUCAAAAAUGCUGGUAUGUGAUGCUUGUGAUAAGGGAUACCACACCUUCUGUCUCCAGCCCGCCAUGGACUCUCUUCCCUCUGAUCCUUGGAAGUGCAGAAGGUGUCGUGUGUGCAUGGAGUGUGGUGUCCGGGGAUUGGUGCUGCCAGGUUCAGCCCAGUGGUUUGAGAACUACACUGUGUGUGAGGGAUGCCAGCAUCAACGCAGCUCAGCGUGUUGUGUGUGCAGCAAAGCUGCGGACCCAUCUGUUGUGCUUCAGUGUUGCAGCAUAUGUAACAGAUGUAUGCACCGUGAGUGUGCUUCAUCAGGGGAGUUUCCAGAAGCCAAGGCCGUUUGCCUGCUUUGCACAGAGGAUCAGCAGCAGCAGCCUGGUGCUCAAAUGGACACCGUGGAGCAGCAGACCAGAGAGGAGACGACAAGCCAAGUGGAGGCUGACGUCUUAACAGGAAAGCAGACAGAUUUGUCUGAACAGGACACAUCAGGGAUGGAUAACGCUGAAGAGACACAGAUGGGAUUGGGAAUGGCGUCUGCAGUUCAUACAACAGAGCCACAGGAAGCAACAAAAGGUUCUACUAGUGUGGUGCCAGCUGCUCCACUUGUGUCCAGAGUGAGUAAAACAACAGAACAAGAGGAACCGUGUCAACCUGAUGGAGGCGCACUCGGGCAGAAGACACAAGCCACCUCCUCCCUGGUCCCUGCAACACAGACGCAACCUACAGCAGUUUCACAUCAAGUCCAUGAAAGCAUGGAGUUGGAGAAAGGGGAAGAGAAGCAAGAGAGCACUCUCACUCUUGAGCAAGACCCAUCAAAAGAGUCAUUAAAGAGUGGGUCUGAUGACGUGUCUAAGGUGGAUUCACGGAUGUCAGAUCCGAGCUCUGUUUCCGUGGGCAAAACAGAACGUUUGUCCAUGGAUGAUAAGCUGGAGAGAAGUCUGUGCCACAACCAGCAGUCUCCCGCCCUUUCUCCAUCAGAAGACAAACAUGAGGCUCUCUCUGCUAUGGAUAUGGAGAGGAGAUCACCUCCUCACUCUGACGAGGAGGAUGAGGAGGAGGAAGAUGAUUACGAGCAAAUAAAAAGACAUAAUUUGGAUAUUAAACGAGAAUUUCAGGAGGUCAAACCAGAGUUGCUCUUGGAUGAAAUGUCUAAUAUGAGUCAUGGAGAUGAGAGCAGCAGCGGUUUCCUGGGCUCUCCGGGAGAACCCGAUCCUCAGCUGUCCAUGGAGCUUGGGCUUGUCUCUGGUGGACGAUCGCGCACAGAUAGCCUGCUCACCGAGACCGAUGAUUCGCUUCCCUUUGAGCUCCUUGGAAGUGACAGAGAGAAGGCUAAACGCAGAGGAUCUCCAGGACGCUCCAGAGUCAAACAGGGACGAAGCAGCAGCUUUCCUGGAAAGCGCAGGCCUCGAGGGGGCGGUGGAGGGAGAGGACGCGGCGGCAGGUCACGUCUCAAAGCUAUGGCUUCUUGCAUUGAUGCUUUUUUGCUUAGCAUGACCUCAGACACUGGACUGAGUAAGGAGGAAGACGAAGAAGAAGAUGACACCAUGCAGAACACUGUGGUUCUUUUCUCAAACACGGAUAAAUUUGUUCUCCUCCAGGACAUGUGUGUUGUGUGUGGCAGUUUUGGAAAAGGUGUGGAGGGGCAGUUGCUAGCCUGUGCUCAGUGUGCCCAAUGUUACCACCCUUACUGUGUGAGCAGCAAAAUCACCAAAACAAAGCUGCGUAAGGGCUGGCGAUGUUUGGAGUGUAUUGUGUGUGAAGUGUGUGGAAAGGCCUCGGAUCCCUCUCGUUUGCUGCUGUGUGAUGACUGCGAUGUCAGCUAUCACACCUACUGCUUGGACCCUCCUCUGCACACUGUACCAAAGGGUGGUUGGAAGUGCAAAUGGUGUGUGUGCUGUGUCCAGUGUGGUUCCAGCUCACCAGGUUUCCACUGCGAGUGGCAGAACAACUACACACACUGUGGACCUUGUGCUAGCCUCGUCACCUGUCCGGUAUGCAGGGAGAACUUCAUGGAGGAGGAGCUGCUGCUGCAGUGUCAGUACUGUGAACGGUGGGUCCAUGCUGUCUGUGAGAGUCUGUACACAGAAGAUGAGGUGGAACAAGCUUCUGAUGAGGGUUUUGCAUGCACAUCUUGUUCCCCAUAUGUCCCCAAACCUGUGGUAGUAGAGUCCGCAAUUAUGGCUUCCAUAAAGAUUAAAGAGCCAGAGCCUCAGUUCUACCGACUGGAGGGGGUAUGGUUGACUGAGUCGGGUAUGUCCUUACUUCGUAGCAUCUCCAUGUCUCCUUUGCACAAGAGGCGGCAGCGUCGCUCCCGUCUCAGCCUUUUGUGCUGUGAAGGAGGUCCUGAUGGGAUAGAUAUGAGAGAUGUUGAUGGAGAUGGGGAGGAUGGAAAAGGUUGUGGGGAUCCCAUGGAAUGUGAAUCCAAAUUGGAUGGAGCUGGGAGCCCUGACAGAGAAGGUGGUGAGAGGGAUGCAGGAGCAGAAGGAGGCAAUGAAGGCAUGGCUGACUGCGAGGGUCUCAAAGGGGGCGCAGAGGACAUGGAGGACAGCAAAAAAAGGAAACGGAAACCUUACAGACCUGGUAUUGGGGGCUUCAUGGUGCGACAAAGGAAGUGUCACACACGGAUGAAGAAAGAGUUCUUCGCCCAGCUGGCUGGAGAGACUACAUUAGAUGGACAGCCAAUCGAGCGAACUAUAGAAGAAGGACCUCACCCCGACACCGAUAACAUAAUGGAUCCUAAACCAGUGGAGGGCGAAGAACAAGCUAAGAAACGUCGGGGCAGAAAGAAGAGCAAACUUGAGGACAUGUUUCCAGCGUAUCUUCAGGAGGCUUUCUUUGGGAAGACUCUAAUAGAUUUGAGUAAGAAAGCUGUGAUGAUGGCUCCGGGUCAGAGGACAGGUCCAUGCCUUGUUCGACCUUCAUUACCAACACCAGCAGGGGUCAAAUGUGCUACCCCAAACAUUGACGCCAAGGAUCGGGUGGUGGAAGGAAGUUUUCCUUGCAAACAAGAGGGGGGUGAAGCCCCCAAGGCUCAGGGAGAAAGCACAGGAAGUCCUGCACCAUCCUCAUCAAUGAAGGACCAGAUGGCCAUUUAUCCCCAAGACUCUGAGGCAGAAAAGAGUGAAGGUCUUCCACAAGGGGUGGAAAGUCAGGAUUCUGAACAGUUUUUCAGGAAGGUUCUUGGAGUGCAAGAUGGUUCUCCUUUGGGAGGCAUGAAACCAAUUUUGGAAGCCAAUAAGGGAGAACCAAAUCGCAGUGCCAUGCCACAGAGAGCUCUUCUCUCAGGAUCUCUUCCCUCCACUGGAGUUAUGGAUGCCUUUCCUGGCCUCUCUCAGUCCCCCUUCUUUGAUAUGCGAGACCGGGGAGGACUGUUCAGUCCAGAUGCAGGGGAGGAGAGCCCGUGGGCCACACCUUCUACCCCGGUAACCCCUUCCUCCCCACCCACUCCCACGGAGGCAGAAGGAGACGGUCUGUCCUACAACCAGCGGAGUCUCCAGCGCUGGGAAAAAGAUGAGGAACUGGGGGAACUUUCGACCAUUUCUCCAGUUCUUUAUGCCAAUACCAACUUUCCUGCGCUGAAACAGGACUACCCAGACUGGGCAAGUCGCUGUAAACAGAUCAUGAAGAUCUGGAGGAAGGUGUCUGCUGCUGACAAGGUCCCAUAUCUGCAAAAGGCCAAAGAUAACCGAGCAGCUCAAAGGAUCAACAAGGCACAAAAGCAGGCAGAGAGUCAGGUCUGCAGACCGGUGAAAACAGAACCUGGUCGUGUUAAGGGAGAACGACCAAACCUGCACCUCCAGAUCCCUCCACCUUCAGGCUCUACAUCAGUUUCUUCCCACCCCAGCUCAGCAGACAGCCCCUUUUCCUUUCCCCCAGAUUCUGGAUCAUCUUCUGUAUUUUUCUCAGACGGACCUAUUAAGACACCACAGUCAGCCGACAGCCGGACAGAUCCUUUGGCCAAACUUCCAUCUCAGUCACCCCAUUCUCACUCUCAUCCAACCACGCCCUUCUCUCAUGCUGGGGCCAGUCCUUUACAGGCCUCUUCCUCAGGUUACUCUGCUUCCGGCCCACAGGGUCCUCCUCAGGGACGGCCAGACACUCUUGGCCCUUUUGACAUGCAACCAGGAACUCCUGGAACCCCCAGACGGGCUCAGCAAGUUGACCCCUACUUCAGGUCACAACUGCAGCAGCAACAGACUCAUUCUUUACAAUCACAGCAAGGCACUCAAGACCAACUUGGACCUCCUGAAAGUCCUCGUUCAAAAGGUCCUGGGCUUGGGGAGUCGCCUAUUUUCUCACCACCACACAAUCCUCACCACGGGGAUUCUUUUAGAAGCCAGCAGGGACUAGGACGCUCAGAACAUGGUUCAUCUCCAUCCCUCUCUGCAGUGGCUUCCUCUCCCGGACAGUACAGGGCUGAAAUGAAUGCACCAUCUCCAUGUUCUUCUGGUGCGGGAAGACCUGAGCUUUCUAUCGGCUCCCCUGCUGGGAUGGAGUCUAAAGACGGUUUAUUCAAAGCACCUAUGACCCCUCGAAUGCACCAGGGGGAGGGUGGGGUACUUCAUCCUGGAGCUUCCCCUAGUCAUCCUUCUGAGAGUUACAGACAGUCUCCCUCCCACUCUUUCUCUGACCCCCACACUCAUGCACCUCUAACUCCCAGACCACAGUCAGGUGACACUUGUGCUCCUGGACCCCAGAGACCGCUCACAGCACAGCAAGACCAGGGUCCUAGAGUGCCCUCUAGUCCACAAUCCCAGGGGAGCUCUCCCCACACUCCAGGUGGCUUGUCCAAUGAUGCUUACUCUGUACAUUCUCCUGCUGCUCCUCGUUUCCAGUCCCCAGACUCUUGUUCUAAGCCACCUUCAAGACCACAAUCAAGAGACCCGUUUGCUACAAUCCACAAGCCUCCUCGCACCUCCACUCUUCCUCCAGAUGGAACUGGAAAUUACAAAACCUCACCUCACUCUAACCAGCCACCUUUAGCCCACCCUAACAGCAGUCCUACGGGUGAUCCACUCUCUGGUAAACCUGCUUUCAAUCGCAGCCCCAGCACAGGGUGUUCCCUGGUCACCCAGCAACAGCCUCAGAUGGUACCGGGUCAACCACAGCCGCAACCUCAAGCGACACUGGGAGCAGACAAUCCCAGCUCCAGGGGGCCACCUUCCUCUGGGUCUCAAGAACUACCAGCUGUUCAGUCUACAGACUUGCUUCAUCAACAGUCUUUAGCAAGCACCCAAGAAAUGCCUGAUCCAUCAGCGGUGCAGGACCCUUCUUUGGUAGGACUAAGUCCCUCUGAGCUGGAAAAACACAAACAGCGCCAGAAACUAAGAGAUUUCAUAAUCAGACAACAAAUGCAGAAAAAUUCAAUCAGACAAGAGAAAGAGGCGGCGGCGGCGGCAGCCGCCGCUGCUGCUGCCGCUGCUGGAAGUGCAUCCCCUGGCUGGUCUGGAGGAGAGAUGGCAAGCUUUCAACAAGAUAAGACCCACCGAGCACCUCCACCUUAUCCACAGGAGUGUGUUCCUCCUGCUACCUCUGAAGCUCAGGUCUCCGUGGCUGGGAACAUGCCUGCAGUCGUAGGAAGCAUGGAUGACAAGCUCAUUCGGCCACCCCCAACAGGAACAUCUCCCAUGGUGGAUGCUGGUGGACUAAGGUUGCCAGGGCCCACCAGACCUCAUGACAUGUUUGCUCGUCCACCAUUCCCUCCUCAGUGGCAGGGACAAACCCCAGGGCAAAGGAGGUUACCUCAGCCUGGCAUGGAAGGAAUGCCCAUGAGGCACAAUCUUAACCCUGCUGUCAACGUUCAGGGUAUGGAACGCAUGGGUAACCCUCACACCAUGAUGCCAGGACAUGGAGGAGAAACCAUGCAGCCAAUGCGCCAAGGCCCCCCACCACAGUUCAUUGAGUUGAGACACAACUCCCAAAGGAUCCCCCUACGACCACAGUUCAUGCCUCGUGGACCACAGCCAAGACCACGCCUCUUUGUUCAACAUCAGCAGAUGGCUGCACCUUACUUACAGCAACAUCCCAUAACUCAGGCUGGGGGUAUUCAGACAGAGGGAGGUAGUGACUCAACGCUGGGUUUACCACAAGGUGGUCUUCCAGUUUUACUGCCUCAGCAGUCUACAGGCUCUGUAACACAACAGACUCGCAUGGAGCCUCAAGCUGCUACUUCCAGUUCGAAUGCUCAGAGUACUGAGCAGCAUCGUCUUGCUCAGCCAGGUUUGGUGGCUGCGCCUCAGGUAGCAGCUGCAGGAAGCCGUGCAGAACUGCCUGAGGCUGACCUCGAUGGCUUAGGUGAUGCUUCCGGGGAUGGAGGUGUGGAGGAUGAGGACGAUCUGGCUCUUGACUUGGAUCCUGAUAAAGGAGAUGACGACUUGGGCAACCUGGACAACCUUGAAACCAAUGAUCCACAUCUAGACGAUUUGCUUAACAGUGAUGAGUUUGACCUACUCGCUUACACUGACCCUGAAUUGGACCAAGGUGACCCCAAGGAUGUCUUUUCAGACCAACUUCGGCUUGUAGAAGCAGAAAGCGAAGCACCUUCAUCUCUUUCUGGAUCUGUUCAUGUUAAAGUGGAAGGUAAAUCCAAAGAUAAACCAGGACAAAAGUCUUUAAAAACAGUCCCAGCUGCUGCAAAGCAGUCUGCUCUCCAAGAGCCCCCUGUUGCAGAAGUUGUUGAUGCUUCCAAAGUAAAAGUAGAGGGCAACGGUCAGACUCAUCAGCUGGCAUCAGAACAAAAUGUAGUAAAGGAUGAGAUGGGAGAGGCUGUGUCGAUGCUUCUUGGUGGGACCACGUCAACCAUCAAGACGGCACAAACUGAAAGCCAGUCAGCCUCACUUAGUUCUGUUCGAUUAGGUGGACUUCCUUACCCCUUACCAGGUCAGGAUGAUCGCUUUCCUCCAUGUGCCCCACAUGGAGAUAUUGGUGAUGAUCCACUGGGGCUUCCUGAUGUAGGAGGCCAGCACUCCCCUGCAGUAGAUUUGGCAAAGGUUGAGAGCUCUCUAGAUGGUGAGCUGCCUCUCCUCAUACAAGAUCUCCUGGAGCAUGAAAAGAAAGAGCUGCAGAAACAACAGCAGCUAAAUUCACUUCAACAGGGGGGCAUGCCUCCUCAUUUCCCUGGUCUCUCAAACCAGCAGCAGAACCUACAGGCUCCUGGGCAACUAAUGCUGCAACAUCAGCACCGUCCACCAGCCCCAGGAAUGAUUGCACAACCAGGAAUGGGACCCCGUGCUGCACACAUGCCUCAGCAACAAAGGCUCAUAGGACCUGGGAUGGUACCUCAGCCUCACAUGUCUAUUGCCCAGCAGCAAUCAGUGAUGAGGGCAGCACAGCCAGGAAUGCACCCGGGCCAUGGUCAUCAACCACAGCCGGUUAAACAACCACCUAUGUCUAACAGCUUCUUCCCAGAUAAAGAUCCAGACAAGUUUCCUGCUGAUGACUUCAUGGAUCCCAUUGCCAAGGCAAAGAUAGUUGCUCUAAAGGGUAUUAAAAGAGUGUUGGCGCAGGAUCCAAUGGUUGUUCCUCCUGGCAUCAACAGGCAACAAGUUUCUCUGCUUGCUCAGCGGCUGGCCUCGGCUCCCGGCACAGACUCGGCUCAGGUUCCUGCUGGACCCCUGAAGGAGGGAGAAACAGCUGAUCCUGCCCAGUCAAGACCCAACCCUCCACAAUUUGUGCAGGGAAUCAUCAACGAUGCAGAGCAACACCAAUACGAAGAGUGGCUUCUUCAUACUCAGCAAUUACUCCAAAUGCAGUUGAAAUUUUUGGAAGAACAGAUUGGCGUCCACAGAAAGUCGCGUAAAGCACUGUGUGCUAAGCAGCGCACUGCUAAGAAAGCUGGCAGGGAGUUCGCCGAGGCAGAUGCAGAGAAACUGAAGCUGGUCACUGAGGAGCAAAGCAAAAUACAGAAACAGCUUGACCAGGUGCGAAAGCAACAGAAGGAGCACACCAAUCUUAUUGCAGAGUACAGAAGCAAACAGCAGCAGCAUCAACAAAGCUCAGGUAUUCUUCCCCCAGGCCAUUCUGCACAGGGUGCACCUUCCCACAUAUUUCAAAAAAUGCCUGGCCAAAUGAUGAUGGGCCAACAGGGAGCACCAGUGAUGGGUCAGCACCCUGGCAUGAUGCCCCAAGGAGGAAUGCCUCUAAGAAUGCCCCAAGGGCAGCCCUUUAUGGGAGGACCUCAGCAACAGCUUUCUUCAGCUCUCGGGGGAAAUGCUGCAAGGGCCCCAGGUCCAUCAGGUCCUUCAACUGGAUUCUUCCCCCAGGGGCCUGGAAUGCAAGGGGCAGACCCCAGGCUUCUUCAAGAGAGACAGCUUCAGCAUCGAAUGCAAAUGGCAAAGCUCCAGCAGCAGCAGCAGCAACAACAGCAGGUGAUGAUGGGUCAGCAACCGAUUCCACACCCGAAUCAACAGUCUGGACUGAUGCCUCAGCCACAGCCUGGCAUGAUGGGGAAUCCACUUAUAGCCCAGCAACAAGCAAGCGCCCAACAAGGAAUGAUAGCCAACCAGGCUAAUCAGCAGGGCAUGGUGCAGGGCCCACAGGUAAUGGUCGCAGGCCAGUCCGUGGCUCUACAACAGCAGAACAUGGCAGCAGGUCAGCCUUUUAAUCAUUCUCAAUCCAUGAUGGUGGCUCAGCCUGGAUUGAUGGGGAGUCAGGCAUCACAGCAGCAGAGGCCCCAGCUGAUGAUGGGUCAGCAGGGUGUGCUUGGGUCCCCGGGUCACCCGGGGCUCCGAGGACCCCAGCCACAGUUGACACCACAACAACAGAACAUCCUUGCCCAGCGCAUGCUUGUAUCUCAGCAGCAAAUGGCACAGAUCAGUCAGACUAACCAAGAUCAAGGAGGAGCUUCACAGCCCUCGACCCCCCAGAUGGGUUCCUCGCCCUCUGCAGGAAGUAAUACACCCCAACCACAGGGAUCGACGGACAGCCAGAACUCAGGAUUCAAAGAGGGGGGGAUUCUAAGCCCUGAUUCAGGAACUCCUCCUCAGCAGAGUGGACCAUCCACCCCCAGUCAGAUGCCCCAACAAGGCUCAUUAAACGAUCUUCAUUCUGACAUGGAACGACAACAAUUACAACAGCAGCAACAUCAAAAUCAGAUGUAUAUGAACCAGCAUCACAAUUCAAAACCUCAGUCUGUUCAUGAGCAACAAACAGGUUUGACUGUUAACCAGCAGGUUGGAGUUCCUGCUCAACAGCAAAAUCCACUUACGCAGAGGCAGGCUUCCCUCGGUGCUGACAAACCUAAUUUGGUUAUUGUAAAGGAGGAAGGGAAAUCAGCUGAUUUCCUACCUCAACAACAGCAAACUGUUCAAAAUCCCAUGCACCAGACACAAGAUCCCACCGUGCAGAAACAGAUCAUGGGUCAGCAUCAUCCUGGCCAGCCGCAGCCUAUGGCCAUGGGUCUUAAUCCUCAGCAGCAAGCACUCAUGGCCCAGCAACAGAAACAGCAGGCCAUGAUGGGAAUGUUGAGAGCUCAGCAGCAAGGUAUGAUGACACAGAGACCCAGUGGCCCACCUGGACAGAUCCGCACCUCUAUUAACAUCCAGGCUAUCAUUGCUCAGAACCCUCAGCUCCGCAAUCUUCCUCCGAACCAGCAGAUACAACACAUCCAGGCUAUGAUUGCACAAAGGCAGCUUCAUCAGGGGCAGAUGCUGCGAAUGCCUGUUGGACAAGGCCAACCGGGUCAGAUGAGACCUCAAGCUCCGCAGGUCGGUCAGCAAAUGAUGGGAAUGGAGGGCCCUCAGAUGCCAUAUGGAGGCAUGGGAAAACCAGGAGCAGUGGCCAGCCAUCAGCAAGUAAACAUGUUUAGCCAGCAGCCUGGUGUUGCUCCCCAGAUGCAGCAAGGGAAGAUGGUUCCUGGCCAGUUACAACCACAAGCAGGGGAAAUGAUGCAGCAGCAUAUGAUGAGAGGCCGGUUACCAGUCCCACAUUCCCCUAUGGAGCAGACUCGCAUGGUGAGGCCAGCUUCUCCACGUCAACCAUUUAGUCAGGCUAUGCGUCCUCCCACUCCCAACCAGACCCAACAACAAGCAAUAAUGGCUGCUGCCUCAGGUCGAGUGCAGGGCUCUCCAUCCCACGGAUAUUCUCCUAGAGGUCCUUUUGGUAUGAGCCCUGCCCAUCCAGCUUCUCCUUACUCAUCCCAUGUCUCUUCACCUUCCGUACCUGACUGUAGAGCUGGGAGGGGAAGUCCAUACAGCCACGUCAAGGCGUCCCCACUCAGGUCACCCGGAGCCAAGAGUCCAUUUGAUUGUCUCGGUCUGAAAGUAGAAACUCCAACAUCCGGCAGUGAUGCGUGUCAGGCUGUUUCAGUUACUCUUAAUGGGCCACAGAAGGGCAUUAAUGUUCAACGAGAUGUAAACAAACUUCAAGAGAGUAAUGUCGCUCUUGCACAAGAGGAGCUUUGCAAAACAAUACAGAACAUCAAACAGGAACCAAAAGAGGUUCAGUGUGACGGUGCGUCAGAGGCUAAUCCUGGAUUCAUAAAGCGAGAAACAGGCGAAACGGUUAAUUCUGGACACAGCUUUAUUAAUACUGGAGGCGUGGCCAGAGAUCCUGAGACCCAAGGUCCUAGAUCUGAGACUGGACAACAGCUGCUACAAAAACUCCUAAAAACCAAGAAUAUUCAGCUUAAUGCCCAGAGGCCUUCUGAAGGCAUCCACAACGAGAUCAAUGGUCACAUCAAUAAUAAAUUGGCAAUGCUAGAGCAAAAGCUUCAGGGGACGCCACGGAAUAUGGAGGAUUUACAGUCAAUAACAAAAAGGGCCCCAGUGCAAAAGCCAAAGCGCAUAAAUAAACCAACUGGUGACAAAGGGCCGAACUCACGCAAGAAGAAUAAGAAGGAAGAGGUGGGCAAAAGUGCCGAAGCCUUAAUAAAACAACUCAAGCAGGGUCUCUCUCUGCUGCCAUUGAUGGAGCCUUCCAUCACUGCCAGCCUGGAUCUCUUUGCUCCGUUUGGGAGCAGCCCAGCCAAUAGCAAAGGCCAGCUAAAAGGAUCAUUCGGAAACGCGGUGCUGGACAACAUCCCAGACUACUAUUCUCAGCUACUUACAAAGAGUAACCUCAGCAACCCCCCCACACCCCCAUCCUCCCUGCCGCCUACUCCACCGCCAUCAGUACAGCACAAGCUGUUGAAUGGUGUGACUCCUGGGGACGACCUCGCUGAGGGUCAAAAGGAGACAGAAACAGCACUGGCAGAGUCCGUUAAGUCGGAGGUGAAGAGCGUGGACAUCCUAGCAGCCCUCCCCACCCCACCACAUAACCAGAAUGAGGAUAUCAGGAUGGAGAGUGAUGAUGAGGAUGCUCCUGAGAGCAUCAUACCAGCAUCAUCUCCUGAAAGUAACAUAGGAGACGCAACCCCGCGCUUCCCUCACCUGCGGGAGCCUAAAGAGGAGGACACAGAAAGAGCGAUAUCCCCCAUCAUCCCCCUCAUACCUCGCACUGCCAUCCCAGCAUUUCCAGAAAACAAGCCAUUUGAAGCACCUGAUGGUAAGACGGUAUCUACACCUAAUCACUGGGAUAAGACCAACAGCAACGAGGUGUCGGUUACCUUCACAGUGUCUCCUGCUGCAGCCAAGAAAAUUAAUCAUGUAAUGAUGGCAAUGGCCCAGCUGCUUAGCAUCAGGAUGCCAGGUUCUUAUGAGGUCACGUUCCCUCCUCAAAGCGCUGACCUGCCUGUAGGGAACGGACCUGGAAAAGGGCCGGGUCAGUCAGGACCAUUGUGCUCAAAGGAUGGUGCCUCACCCAGUCAGGACGAGUGGCUGAGGCAGUUUGAUGUUUCCCUACCUGGCUGCACGCUAAAGAAGCAGGUGGACAUUCUGGCACUUAUUAAACAGGAAUUCCAAGACAACGAUGAUAAACCAGUGCAGCACUGUUACACAACCAACGUUAGUGACUUGGAUGUCCGACACCUUCCUGUUAUACCAGUGGACGAGUCUCCACCCCCGUCACCGUUGCCUCCUCAGUUUACCCCGUCUUUACCGGUCAUAGCUAGUGAGGCUGAAUCUUCCAAAAAGUCAGCAUCUCCAACACUCCCUCCCUUCGGUCCCAUCACGGUUCAGCCCAAGACUGAGCCUGAGCAGGAUGUGGAGUCCUCCACGGAUGCUGCUCAGCCAGCUGGAGUCCAAGACAUGGAAGGUUCUGCUGCAGAGGGAAUUGCUGAACCGGCAUCUGUACAUUCCAGACCCACUGCCCCUCCAGAAUAUCACCCAAGUCCCACCAUCAAGGAGGAGGCCUGUGUGACUGAGCCAGCUCCACCUAAAGAUUCCCCCAGCACCACAGGGUCUUCCCCUAAAGCCAUGAAGCAGCGCAGGCCCCUCUCCCCCGACGAGGAGUUGGUACACCCCAAAGCAAAGAAAUGGAAGGGGGUUCGCUGGAAGCGUCUUCAGAUUGUCAUCACAAUACGAAAGGGUGGGUCAAAGAAGGAGAGCAGCCGGGAAGUGUCAGAGCUGAUGGACAGCCUGCGCAUCACCCUUCGACCUGAGAAGCUGCCCCGGGAUAAACGCAAAUGCUGCUUCUGCCACGAUGAAGGUGACGGGGCCACAGAUGGACCCGCACGUUUGCUUAACAUUGACGUGGACUUGUGGGUGCACCUCAAUUGUGCCCUGUGGUCCACUGAAGUGUAUGAGACACAAGGGGGCGCUCUGAUCAAUGUGGAGGUAGCCCUGCGUCGUGGAUUGCGGACUCUUUGUGCGUACUGCCAAAAGACCGGUGCCACCAACAGCUGCAACAGGCUGCGCUGCCCGAACGUGUACCACUUUGCCUGUGCCAUCAGGGCACGCUGCAUGUUCUUUAAAGAUAAGACCAUGCUUUGCACCCAGCACAAGCUGAAGGGCCCCAGCGACGACGAACUCAGCACGUUUGCUGUUUUGCGACGUGUUUACAUCGAACGUGACGAGGUGAAGCAGAUUGCCAGCAUCUUGCAGAGAGGGGACCGCAUCCACCUGUUCCGGGUUGGUGGUCUCAUCUUUCACGCCAUCGGUCAGUUGCUCCCCUCCCAAAUGUUCAACUUCCACUCACCCACCGCCAUCUUCCCCGUUGGUUAUGAGGCUACACGCAUCUACUGGAGCACACGUGUGCCCAACAAGCGAUGCCGCUACCGCUGUCGCAUCAGCGAAGACGAUGGCUGUCCGUUGUUUGAGGUGCGUGUUCUAGAGCACGGCAUGGAGGAUUUGCAGUACCGGAACACAACCCCGGACGGGAUCUGGAGCCGCAUUGUGCAGCAGGUGGCUAAACUUAGAGAGGACUCAUCCAUGUUGAAGCUGUUCACAGAGCACCUGAAGGGAGAGGAGAUGUACGGCCUCACUAUUCACGCUGUGAUGCGGAUCACUGAAUCGUUGCCCGGAGUGGAGAACUGCCCAAACUACCAGUUCCGAUACGGCCGGCACCCUCUGAUGGAGCUUCCUCUCAUGAUAAAUCCAACGGGCUCUGCUCGGUCCGAGCCCAAGGUUCCAACGCAGUGCAAGAGGCCUCACACUCUAAACAGCACCAGCGUGUCCAAGGCAUACCAGAGUACCUUUACUGGAGAGCUCAACACACCAUACAGCAAACAGUUUGUCCACUCCAAGUCCUCCCAGUAUCGGCGUCUGAAGACCGAGUGGAAGAACAAUGUUUACCUCGCACGAUCUCGCAUUCAGGGCUUGGGACUGUACGCCGCAAAGGACCUGGAGAAGCAUACCAUGGUCAUUGAGUACAUUGGUACCGUCAUCCGCAACGAGGUGGCCAAUCGGAGGGAGAAGAUCUACGAGUCACAGAACCGUGGGAUCUACAUGUUCCGCAUCAACAACGAACAAGUGAUCGAUGCCACUCUAACAGGUGGCCCAGCUCGAUAUGUCAACCAUUCCUGCGCCCCAAACUGUGUUGCUGAAGUUGUAACAUUUGACAAAGAAGAUAAGAUCAUCAUUAUUUCCAGCCGCAGGAUCCCCAAGGGAGAGGAGCUGACGUAUGACUACCAGUUUGACUUUGAAGAUGAUCAGCACAAGAUUCCCUGCCAUUGUGGAGCGUGGAAUUGCCGGAAGUGGAUGAACUAAGCAGGAAAAAGACGGACGGAGAGUUGGCCUUCGCUGGUACCAGAACACUCCCGCGCCAAAGCCUUUGAAUCCUACAUCGCCAGUGCAUAAGCUGUUCUGAAAGACACGGAGGAAGGCUGUCCUCUGCUAUAAGUGUUGACAUCUGUAGCCAAAGGUCUGAAGAGCAUUAAUCAUUUAAAAAAACAACUGAUCACCUUACAUCAACAGCCGUUUGAUGGUGGCGUUUAACCUUUCAGCUGAAACCCCCCCCCCCCCCGGUGUCGUCCUGACUAGUCCGGUUGCGGUGGCUGGAAAAUGAUCCUCAACAUCUACCAAAUGAUUCAGACCCUCUAUCAGUGGAGCUCACCAGAGCUUCAACAAAAGCCAUGUUAAAUACUAAGAGUGAACUAAGGAUGCAUUUUCAUGUUUUUAGUCGGACCUAUUUCCUAUCCCUCCUCCCUCACCCCCCAGAAGAAAGGCACUUUCCCUCUUCAUGACAAUACCAUUACUAUUGGCCAGCUAGACAAUCUCAGCGUUCUACGAAAGGACUGCAAACGAUCGGUGGAAAAACAAAGACGUGAGAAAAUAUAAAAAUGCUCAUCCUCUGGGGCUCCAGUGGCACCCGCUGUCGUUGGAGUCCUAAGGUGGGCUAGCUUGACCCAGUCUACCUCACUGAUUGAGCGGAAAGUGACUGCUUUGUUGUACAAAACUAAAACAAACAAAAAAAAAACCUGCUACUGUGGACUUACUGUUGGGGGGAGGGUGGGGGAGUUGGGAGGGGAGGAUGCUUUUACGGGCUUAGCCCUCGGACAAGCAGGGAAUCUAAAGCAGCAGGUUUGCUCUAUCUACUCUAUGCUGAUGUUGAUUUACAAUAAGGAGCCAACUUAAUUAUUAUACAAGACUUAUUUAUACAGAGCAAAUAUAUGGCCGUUUUGAUAUUACCAUGAAGAUCACAAUCGGACUCUUAAAGGGCAUUGUCUAUGCCACCAAAUCAUCCUUUUGGGUUUCCUUUUCUCUUUUUUAGGAUUUCUGCACCUCAGAAUCAUGCUAGGAGCUGUGUGAAAGCACAAUAACGUUCAUGUUUUAAGUUGCUCAGCUGUGUAAACGAAAAUCCCUAACCAAGCACCCUUUAGAUGACCACUUCCUAUUGAAGUUUGAAUUGUUCUAAAGGAGCCCUCGUGGAUGCAUGACUACUGUUACAUUUAAUGCUUUUAAUUUUCCUAAUAAGUCACACCUCAACCUUAAACUCUGAAUCAUGCCUCUUCCUCUCUGUGUUAUUUAAUGGACUGUUUUUAAAACUUUUACUGUAGUAAGUCUUCCUCUGCCUGAGUACAGCCUGCAGUGUUUCUACUCACCCCUGUAAUGUAUUUUAUUAUUAUUAUUAUUAUUAUUUUUCCUCCCCAGUGCCGGUACUGUCUAAUUGAGGCUGAACUGGUGGCAGGGAAAGACUUAUGGAAACAAAGGGCAUUUGUUUAUUUGUGUAAAGUGAACGAGAAAAAAAACGUCUUUAAAGGGAGCUUUAGUGAAACUCCUCCUUCCCAUAUUACUUUGUUCCCUCCUUCUCCCAAACCUCAGACCUCAUGUGAUUUUAAAAAUGCAAAGUUGUACAAACUGUAAAUAAAGUGUAUGCAUUAAUGCAUUAGGGGACAACAACUCUUUAUCCAGCCCCCUUUAGUAAUCAAUAAAGUCAAAAAUGCAUUAAAAACGGUAAAAAAAUCAACCACUGGAUAUUGAUUUAACAAAGACAAAGCUGUACAUAACUAUAAAUAUAUGUAAAAUUGCAAACUAAUAUCUUUAUGUAUAUGAACCAGAGUGUUUUGCAUUUACCUGUUUUUUCUAUUAGUGUUUUUUGCUAUGAGAAAUGUUUGCUGAAAUAGAUUUGAGGAAAAUAUCUAAUCUUCUCCAAUCAGCCGAGGCGAGUACUGGUCUGUAUGAAUUUAUGGGGAGAGUCGUUUUAACCAGACAUAAAAAUCACUUCUUGCAUAAAGCAGUACGAUGGUGCAUAGCAUUUGUAUUUAUGUCAUUUGUGUUUAUUUUUAUUUAUGCUACUGCUUGUUGAUUACCAAAACCUGUCCCUUAAUCGGUCAAAAAUCUGGGUCGUUGUAGCCUUGAAUGGAAAAUAGACUGUUUGUGGUUUGCUUUUUUAUUUUUAUUGUUUUUUAAAUCUCCUUCUCAUAAAAGUGAAUGUGUUGGUAAACCUUGUGAAAUGGUUACUUGGCCUAAUAUACGUUCUAAUACUCAAAGUUAAUCCCAUACGUAAACUGGUAAUGAAUUGCACUCUCCUUGUAUAACAGAGAACUUCUCUAAAAGUGGUAGAUAUUGAUCAAGUAUCUGAAACCGUGAUGAAUAUAUAAAUAUAUAUAUUUUUUGGUAUGUUUCUAUUUCAAGGGAAGACCGUAACGAGACAUUAUGAUGCUCACUGGACUUUAGCGUAAAUAAUUUUUAACUUCUCUGAAUCCUAAUUUAAGUUCUCUGCGUAUCUUAUAAUUUAAAUAAGACUUGAGCUCAAAUUGAAGGUUUUUUUUACCUCACAUUUUAAAAAAUUAAAAAAAGAUGAGGUUGCAUCUGUACAGCAGAGAUACUUUUAGGGAAUAUGAUAAAUAAAUAUGAUCAUUUUUAUUGUAUGUGGCAUGUUUUGUAUGGAUAUUCUUUGGAAUUGUACAUAUUUUUUUCAAGAAGCCAGAGGUUGCAUCUCUUUAUAUACUGGGUUCCCACCCCCUUUCCCCUUCAUCUUAUUUCUUUGUCUGCUUUUUGUUUCUUGGAAAAUAAAAUGCAUUUUAAAUA